AUGUCGUCGAUCAACGAGAUUUGGAAAACUGAAGUAAAACUUCAUUCAUCGCCUCUCUACGAUCUACCGUUGUGUUUCCACGAGAAUUUCUCAUCGAAUCAACGAACUUUCACCAAGAGUAAUUUGUCAUCACGACAGUCAUUUGAAAGUCUCAUCAAUCGUUUGCCCAGUCCACCAACGAGUGAAAUUGGCUUUCAAUUAUCAACCAGAAACGAUGUGAGUGAGAAUGGUUUCUAUUCCCGACAAAAUCAAACCUUAGAAAAUCAACAAUUUGAUGGACAAAAUUCAACUAAUGAAAAGACCUCGUACUUAUCAGUCGACUCUAUCCCAUUUCUAAAACAACAGAACAAUGAUGAAGAUUCGUUCGAUUCAUUAUCAGCCGAGAAUCCUUUCACGACAGCAAAUAAAAAGCUAAAAUCGAUGAAUGAAGGAAAUUUUCUCAAAAGAUCGUCUCGAACAAAUGAAAAAUCGCAAUUAUUUGACAAGAAAUUCAACACAUCGAAUCUUCAGUCUGACUUUUCUCCAAUAACAAUUACUCAAUUCAUUCAGGAUAUCAAUACAAAACACGAAGCAGGAAUAGAGCCACCAAAACUAAAUGAUCCGCCUAGAACUUCUAAAGGAAAAAGUUCUUCUCACAAACAAAGAACUGUUCAAUCACCAUCAGUUCCGAAAUGUUUUCAAUUGAAUACGAAUUCGAAUUUCUAUGAAAACAAACUUUUCCAAUUGAAUCUUUUCGAUCCCGCCUUAUUUCAAUGGAAAGUCAUUCGUUCCAAGAAUGAAAUUCAUGAAUUUUGUCGCAAAAAAUCACUCAUUUCGACAAAUACAUCUCAAACUUCGUUACAAGCAUUGAUAACUUACAUUCAAUCACAACGACAAUAUGUUCCGGUAGACUACUCCUCGUGGAAUGCCUCAUUUCCGUCAUAUCAUCCUUUGAAAUGUUCUUUGAAUAAAGUCUCGUCAUCCAAUGAAAAAUUCUUGAUUAAAAAUCCUCACGGACGAACUGGUCUAUCAGGUCAAGGUUUAUUCAAUAUCAUUGGUCCUAAUCGAUACACGAUCUCACUCUACCUUCAACGAAAACACCACAAGAACUAUAUUUUAUUACUUAAAAAUUCUCGUCAUAAAUAUGAAUUACCGAAAACGAGUUCGAUCAAGAAAACUUUACUUUGUCACACUCUCGAUGUCAUUUAUCUCGAUCAUCCACUGAACACCGAUGAUGCAUGGAUCGAAAUGGAGAUCAUUCUGAUUAGAAAUUUCCGAAUAAACUCUAUGACUAACUCCUGGUUUGCAAUCGAUGAUUUAUCUAAAUGCAACGAUAUCGAACCUUUUGAUUUGAAUUUAAUCAACUUUUAUCUGUAG